AUGACAGCAAACCAGUUUGAAAGUGUAUUUUGUACCCACUCGUGUGGUGAUACAUUAACAACCCUGGCGAACCCUGGUGGAGUUGGUAGCAGUGGUGCAGCAGCAGCUUCCUCCAAUGGUGGUCAUCAGGCACAACAGAGUGCUGCUCAAAAUAAUCAAACUACAAGCGGAGGCAAUAGGUUAGCAGGAUCAUCACAUCAGCAACAUCAGCAAGCAGGUGGAAGUGGUACUUCAAACGGAGCUGCUGGUAAUGCUGCUGAUUGGAAUCCCGAGGAAUGCGACCGAUUUAGUUUUGAUGACUCAGACCGUUUUGAAGAAGAUUCAUUAUGUAGUUGGAGCUCCGAGCCUGAAAGUGUAUGUAAUAAUUGGAGAGGUUGGAAGAGACCAUCUAAUAACACAGGAAUUGGAAAUUGGGUAUCUCAGAAAAAGCAACAAGAUAGUGAUCAAGUCAUAAGUUUAACAGAAUUAGCUGCUAAGUGCGUGGCGUCUUACAUACCAUUUGAAUUAGUCGAGCAUGUAUAUCCACCGGUUCCAGAGCAAUUGCAAUUGCGUAUUGCAUUUUGGAGCUUUCCAGAUAAUGAGGAGGAUAUUAGAUUAUAUUCAUGUCUGGCGAAUAGUUCAGCUGAUGAAUUCCAUAGAGGUGAUCAGCUUUUUAGAAAUAGAGCAGUCAAAGAUCCUCUGCAAAUUGGUUUCCAUUUGUCCGCAAGUGUUAUUAGCCAACAACCAAGAGACCAAUUUAAUGUCGCGGUGACAUUCGAUAGACGGAGAAUUUCUUCAUGCAAUUGUACUUGUACUUCGUCGGCAUAUUGGUGUUCACACGUAGUUGCGGUAUGUCUCCAUCGCAUACACUGUCCAAAUGAAGUUUGCCUUCGUGCACCUGUAUCAGAAUCUUUAACACGUUUGCAACGUGAUCAACUACAAAAAUUCGCUCAAUACCUUAUAAGUGAAUUACCGCAACAAAUUUUACCAACGGCUCAAAGAUUGUUAGACGAACUAUUAAGUAGUCAACCAACAGCUAUAAAUACAGUAUGCGGUGCUCCAGAUCCUACGGCUGGUGCUUCAGCGAAUGAUCAAACAAGUUGGUAUUUGGAUGAAAAAACGUUGCAUGAAAAUAUUAAAAGAAUUUUAAUAAAAUUCUGCUUACCAGCUCCAAUCGUGUUUAGUGACGUUAAUUAUUUAACUAAUUCCGCUCCUCCAGCGGCUGCUGAAUGGAGCUCUUUAUUGCGCCCACUACGCGGCCGUGAACCUGAAGGUAUGUGGAAUUUGUUAUCUAUUGUUCGUGAAAUGUACCGUAGAUGUGACCGAAACGCUGUUCGUUUGCUCGAAAUUAUUACUGAGGAGUGCAUGGCAUGCGAUCAAAUUUUGAUUUGGUGGUUUUAUACAAAAUUAUCCUUGUUAGUUGGAACAAAUGGCCAUGGUGGAGGGAAACAUUCAAAUACGCAUUCAAAUUCGAAUGCUUCACAACAUGCAUGUGCUUCUUUGUGUGACGAAAUUGUAGUUCUAUGGCGUUUGGCUGCUUUAAAUCCUGGUUUGGCACCUGAUGAACGCGACAUGUUACAUGCGCAGUUUACGGCUUGGCAUUUAAAAAUUUUGGAUCGGGUUGUUAAGUGUGGACGAAUGCAACCUCCUUCUUAUAGUAACAAACAUCAACAAAACUCAAGAUCUGAUGCAGAACUCUUUAUUGGUUUUAAACCAGCUAUAGAAGCAUGUUAUUUAGAUUGGGAAGACUAUCCAAUUGCAGGAAUAACACAUACGCAAGAAACCAAUCCAAUUUAUUAUUCUCCGUUCACAUGUUUUAAGCAUAGUGAUACAAAAAGUGAAUUUCCCAAUAGUAGUCAAAUCAAUUCCACUCAAGCUACUUUAAUGGCGACACAAAACAAACAUUACAAUUACAUCAGCACUGAUAAUCAGCAAUCACAUCAUCACCAUUCAGUUAUGAAAUCUCGGUAUGAAAGACCUUUGUACGGGCGUGGAGACAGGAGCUAUGUUUCUAGUAGUAAUAAUAGUAGUAAUAGUAGUAGUGACAGCAUGAAUAUUUUAAUUAAGUCAUCUACGCACCAUCAUACAGGGAAUGUUGUUGCUUCUAGUAUAAAUAUAUCAACAAAUGGAGGUGCGUUAGGUCUUGCGCUAUCAGGAUCAAGUAACGUUAAUAAGGGAAAUGGAGGUAGCUUGCCUGUAAAAAAUUCUAUUAUGAACGAUGGUAAUAGGUCAAGUGCAAGCAGUGAAGGAUUUUGUGAAAAUGAAGAUUUUGGAGGAGAUAGUAGUGGAAAUAAUAUUGACACAAUCGAAGGCGGCCGAACCAUACAACCAUCAUGUUUGUUAACAUCUAAGCAAGUAAUUACAUCUGCAGGUGAAAAAUCAAAAAUAUCAAGCACUUCAAACGUAUUGAAGUCUUUGGAAAGUGAAUCUGACUCUCAAGCUAGUAUUGAAAUCUCUUCAUCUUCAUCUUGUAAUGGCACCACUUCUAUUGUUAAAAAUUCUAUACAAGUUGACAAAGAUUUAAGCCGGGAAAAUAAUCAAGAUAAGUUUGAUUUUGCUACGACUUCAACCUCAGGUAGUAAUUUUAUGAAAAACGUUACUGUAAGUGAAAAUAAGGGAGAUGCUCAUUUGGCAGUAGCAUCAUCGUUAUCUAAAAAUAUGGAAAAAGUGUGUGACAAAGCUCGUGCAGCAGCGGUUACAACAGGAAAAUCGAUUGUAACUGUUACAGAAGUUAAUAAAUUGCUAAAUAAUCAGAUAAGACAAAACGUUGAAGGAAAUGAAGGAGUUCUUACAUCAUCACAAAUGUCAUCAUCUAGCUCUUCCUCUUCAUCUUCAGCUUCGUCCGUCUCAGGUUCAAUAUCCUCAAAUGCACUAACUGCUGACACAUCAGGGGGAAAUGAGAAACAUUUAAAAAUUUCUUCUAAAGAUCAUAGGCGUCAGUCAGCUAAGGACGAGUUCCUUUCCAGUUCAUCCGACGAGUUUACUGCCAAUGAUAAUAUAAGAACUUCAGCGACUAUAGAAAAUGUUUCUCACAACAAUAAAACUGCCAACGAUACAUCAAUUGUUAAAUCGAGUCUUAGUGCUCCAUUAGCUCAACCCCAAGAAUGUUCAAAUUCUAUUGCAAUUGUAUCUGGCCCCUCAUGUUCUUCUAAUAUUGCGGCCGCCUCUGAAUACAAACAUAUUCCAACGAAAGCUCCGAUUGUGGCAACUAUAACGGCUUCACUACCACCGACCACACUACCAACAACCUCAACUGUUCCACAAUAUAUAAAUAAUUUGCAUUAUUCUCAAUACGUUUAUCAUAGACAACCUGGUAAUUCAAAGCAACAGAUUUUUUCAAAUCUCCGACCAACCGAAGAUGCUUGGGAUAUUCUUUUAGCUAGAGCUGAAGGUUUACAUGCGCAUGGACACGGGCGGGAAGCUUGCAUACUAGCAGUUCGUUUAGCUGAGGAAAUGUUGGCACAUCCACCGAAUUUAAUGAUUGAAUUGCCAAUGCCACCAAGACGAAAGGGCAAAAAACAAAACAUAAAUCCAAUAUCGCAUCAGUUGAGUGUUUUGGCAUCUACAACGCUUUCAAAAUGUGUAUUUUUGUGCACUGUACUUGCCGAGAAUUCUGAGCAUUAUCAUUUGGCUUUUAGAAUAUGUUUAUUUGCUUUGGAAAUGCCGAGACCACCAGCAAGUACAAAACCUUUAGAAGUAAAAUUAGCUAACCAAGAAGCUGAUUUACUGGGUCUACUGAAAAAAAUUCCUCUAAAUCAGCCAGAAUUGAGAGUUAUACGCGAAAGGGCUGAACAGUUACGUAAUGGUACGUUAAAGUCAAGAGGUGAAGCUUUGCUUCCAAUUAACUUGGCCAGUUUUAUUUUUGACGCGUUGGUAAUGCCAUCUGUAGCCGGUAAAGAGAAUCGUAAUAAAGUAAUGAGUUUAUCUUAUCGCAUCCCAACUGAUGAAAAUUUAGGUUUUGAAGCUGCAGUUGCCGCCCUUGGCCUUAAAGCUAACGUAUCUGAAGCUGAACAUCCACUCUUGUGUGAGGGUACUAGGAGGCAAAGAGGUGAUUUGGCUCUUACCUUACUAUAUUAUUACAAGGAUGAGCCGAGAAAAAUUGCAAAAAUUAUGGAAAAAUUAUUAGACAGAGAAAUUCAUAUACUCUUAAAACAACCUCUUCUACCAGCCUAUUAUUCUAAUAACCCACCUGUGCGGACACCAGCAUCACAAACGCGUCGUGAACAUGAGCAUGAGACAAUAUAUGCUUCAAAUCCUGAAGUAUAUUCCUCAGAUUACGCGGCAGCUAAUUUGAGUGGAAAUGGUGGUGGUAACAGCCGUCCACAUUCAAGUACAAGUGCGGAACUUGAAAUUGGAAUGAAUCAAUUAAAUAUAUCUUCACCGCAAACUUCUAUAUCGUGUCCUAUCGGUAGUAAUGGGACAGGACAAUUACAAACUACUACUACAGUUACUGGUGCUACGAGUCGCACCAAAGAUAUACGCUACAAAGGAAAACGUGCGUAUCCGUCCAUACCUAAUCAACCAUCCGAGGCCAGCGCUCAUUUUAUGUUUGAAUUGUCGAAAAAUGUUUUGACAAAAGCAGGAGGUACAAGCUCAACAUCAUUAUUCACUCAGGCUACAACAAACCAAAAUCAUCAUGGUCCACAUAGAGGAUUACACAUGUGCGCUUUUCAAUUAGGGCUUUAUGCUUUGGGUUUACACAAUUGUGUAAGUCCUAAUUGGCUAAGCAGAACUUAUAGCUCACAUGUUUCUUGGAUUAUUGGACAAGCAAUGGAAAUUGGCGCUCCAGCAAUUUCGUUUUUGAUAGACACUUGGGAGGGCCAUCUUACUCCACCAGAAGCUGCUAGCAUGGCAGAUCGUGCUUCUAAAGGUUGGGAUAACAAUAUGGUAUAUCCUGCUGCUGAAUUGGCUCUUUCCGUUUUACCACAUGCAGCCGCUUUGAAUCCAAAUGAAAUUCAACGAGCUAUUUCUCAAUGCAAAGAACAAAGCGAUCAAAUGUUGGAACGGGCUUGCAUUACAGUAGAAACAGCUGCAAAAGGCGGGGGUGUUUAUCCAGAAGUGUUAUUCCAGGUAGCACAUUACUGGUACGAGUUAUAUUUAAGGAAUACUCCAAAUAGUGAACGCGAAGAGCAUGAUAUCAACGAUGUUGAUCAUUCAGUAAGCUUAAGUGCUUUAAUAGAAUCACAAGCAGAACAAGCUCAGCAACAACAACAGCAAGUUCAGCAAUCAGGUCCCCCCCAAGCUGGAAUGCCUCCAAGCCAACAAGUUGUUGUUACCACUGCCCCACCACCAUUCCAACAAGGAGUUACUACAAUAGCACCAAUAGGAAUAGGUCCAUAUGGAGCUCCAUACAGUUUCUGUCAGGGCAUAUAUCACCAUCAUAAUAUUUCUUAUCCAGGUAAUCAAAUGCAAAUGUAUAUAUCAGCGGGCCCUCCGCAGCCCUAUCAGUACGCUCCGCAACCACCUCAACAAACAGCAUCACAACCGCCAAAUGUUGCUCAGGUUCCACCUUAUCCUCCGCCUGGUAGUUUUGCUCCAAUGCAACAUCCACCACCACCUCAAAGCUAUGGUCAGCCAAUCCCCUGCCAAGCAAACGGACCUGUUGUAGGUGCUCCACAACCAGGUCAACCAGGCGCUUAUGGACAAAUUCCUUCUCAAAUGCAAGUAAACACAUCAUCAGUUCCACCACCACAAAUGCAACAAAGUAUGCAAUAUUAUGGCCAAUCAAUGGCUUUGCUCCCUCCGCCUCCACAAGUUAUGGUACCCCAAUCACAAGCUCAACAAAAUUCUCAGCAGUCUAAUUCGGGUCAAAGUUCUUCUGUAAGAGGUCAACCUAACCAUCAUGGUCUUAUAUAUCCAAUGGUUCAACAGCCUUCAAUGCAAAGGCAGCGUCAUCCACAUCAGUUCACGCAAACCCAAUUACGUUAUUUACUGGCUGCUUACAAUGUUGGCAUGUUAGCUAUGGAAACACUCGCUAGACGUGUUCAUGAUGAUCGACCACAAGCAAAAUAUGCAAGAAAUCCCCCUUAUGGAGAAGAUGUUAAAUGGCUAUUGAGAAUUUCCAAAAAGCUUGGAACUCAAUACUUACAUCAAUUUUGCAUAUGUGCAGUAAAUUCUAUUGUUAGUCCCUUUGUUUUACAUGACGUUGCUAUAGAAUCAGCACAUUAUUUAGGCAGAAACAAUCCAACACUGGUUAUGCAACAUUUAAGAUCUGCUUUAACUCCUUUAGUUCAAAAAUGUCAACAAAUGUAUAUCCAAUGUAUUCAUCAAAAAUUAUAUCAUCUAACUCAAGCUGACUAUGAAGAAUUUGCAAGUAUUAUAUUAGCUGCUCGAGCAGCUUUUCAAAUUACACCGGAAGGUAAUGCACAAUUUAAAGAUUGGCUACAAUCUAUUAAAAGAUCAAAAUCAUGUAAAAAAGACCUUUGGGCUCAAAUAAAUACUGCGCUUCAAAGUAAUUCUAAAUGACAAAGAUUUGAUUCGGUACAACAAUCCGAUAUUAUUCAACAACAACAUGUAAGUUCAAGUAAUAAUACAAAUCAUCAGACACUAAAUACAACAAGUGUAAAUCAAAACAGUGGUAGCAUAAGUUCAAUUGUUUCCCAACAAGCUGCAACCAGCAGUAAUGGAGUAACAGCAACAGAAUCUAAUUUAGUUACAUCUUCGACAAAUCAAUCCACGAACUUUAUUAUUAACUCAAAUUGGAUUUGUUAGUCAUCCGAUUUGAUAAUAGGAAACUAGACUUUUUUUUAUUCCAAUUUUCUUUUACAGUUCCCAUGAAAACUUCUUUUUUUAACUGUCUAUUUCAUGAAAAGAAACACAGUUGAUAUAAAAUUUUAAAACUGAGAUAUUUUCAAAAAUUUCGGUUUUAGAAAAUUUUCAAAAGUGCUUUAUAAAGUUUACGAAUUUGUCAUUAAUUUAAUCAUUUUAAUCAGUGUUAGUAUAUUGUAGUUGACUGUCACAAAUAAAUCAAAGAAACAAAAGAAACGGCUCUUUCAACUGUCUUGAUAAUUAUUCUUGAAACUUUGUUCUAAUAAUUAAAAAAAUAUAAAAAUAAAUUGAAUCAAUUUAAAAAAAAAAAUCAUAGUUAGAAUGGAUAUAAAAGUAAUCUGUAAAAAUUAAUAAAAUGUUUUUUUUUUGAUCUCAGUUCUUAUAUAAAUAUUAUGAUUAA